AUGGCCAGUGAAAACAUGUCGGUAGCGGCCCCGACUGUGGAGGUGCAGAUAUCGACCCUCCUGGAUAAGAUCGAGGCGAUGCGGCAGGAGCAGUUGCAGGCCGGGCCGCCGCGGCUCCUCCCGAUGCAGGCGGAGAUGCGGACCCUGGAAUUUUGGCGCUCGGUCAUCGCCGAGUGCAUCGCGACGUUCCUUUUCGUCUUCAUCGUCAGCGGCGCCGCCUCCAGCUCCGUCACCGGCGGAUCGCCCACCUCCACCACGCUAGCCGCCGCCUGCGCCGCAGGACUCUCCGUGGCGGCGCUCUCGGCCUGCUUCUACCAUGUCUCCG